GUUGAUUUUUAGGAUGAUUUCUUAAAUGGUUUCAAAGAGGAGACGUUAAGUGUAAAAUUUGAUGCUCUAUAAUACGGUUCAAUGCCUGUUGAAUCGAGAGACAAUUCUUGGAAACAGAGAUUACUGGAAACGCGAUUUGUAUUGUCCAGUGAUCCGAUAAAGGUUUACAGGUAUUUUAACUUGGAGUCUAAACCGUUGUGAUAUGGUCAGCCUGAAAUGACAAUUAAACUUGGAUAGCUUAAUUGGCCAUUCAUUAAAAAUUUGCUGUUGUCCCCCGCAGUUGGCCCAGUUAAAGGAGUCUACGUUCCUGUAAAGUACACUUUAAGGUCUUACUUAACCUUGGAUCUUCUGGUUUACAUCACAAUGUCGUAUUACGUGUUAAAGCCAAACGAACGAUAUAAACAAGUUAGGAGAGCCUCUAUCAAAAAUUUUAUCUGAAUUUAAUACUGUUAAUUAUCUCACUCCGAUGGCUGGGUUUGACUCAACAUACGUAAGAUGAAAUAUGAAAGCUGUUGAAUAAUUGGCUGAUUGGAGAAGUAAAUUACAAAGUAUGGUCAGCUUGAGAUUUCAAAGGAAAAAUAUGCGUGAACAAGAUUACUUUAAAAACAUCAACAAACAGGGAAAGAUCAUCAUUUUUAUUCCAGGCCAACAUCUUUAACUUCACUUUAUCAUCAAAAGUAAUUUCUCAUUCGAGGAUCAGUCUAAAUCUUGAGCAGAAGUUAAAUUUGACUUUCAGUUUCUUGUGAAUUCCAACUUAACCUCAUUAUGGGCAUAGGUGAACCAAUCGAGUGUCGAGCUGCUGUCCUAUGGAAAUCCAAGGGACCUUUAACCAUUGAACAGGUUACCGUUAAACCUCCAACUGGAAAAGAGGUUCGGGUUAAAAUUGUUGCCAGUGGUGUUUGUCAUUCCGAUUUGAUCGAUUAUGCUGAAUCGGGUAAUGCUAUGGGCGACAGUUUGUUUCCUUAUAUACCAGGGCAUGAAGGUACUGGAAUCGUAGAAUCAAUUGGAGAAGAUGUCACCAAAGUUCAAGCUGGAGAUAAAGUGUUUGUCAUGUUUUUCGGACGUUGUGGUGAAUGCCCUGAUUGUAUCAGAGGACUGGCCAACUACUGUAUGCCAAGUUUGAUGAAUGCUCAAAUAACGGCUGGAAGAGAUGAGCCACCUUUUUCAGUGAAUGGACAACCUCUUUACCGUUUUAUUGGUGCUAGUACAUUUUCAGAAUAUACUCUUGUUGAACAAGAUCGUGUGGUCAAGAUAGAAAGAGAUGUUGACUUGAGAAGAUUAUGUCCACUUGCUUGUGGUGUACCAACUGGUUAUGGUUCAGCUGUAAAUAUUUCGGGCAUUACUAAAGGAACGAAUGUGGCAAUUUGGGGUUUAGGUACUCUAGGACUAGCAGCUGGUCUCGGUGCAUCUCACCGUGAAGCUUCAAUGAUCAUUGGCGUUGACUUGAAUUCAGAUAAAUUCAAAGUUGCUCAAAAAUUUGGAUUUACUCACUUUGUUAACCCAAAAGAACUUGAAGCUGGCAAGACAACUGUUCAAGCAAUCAAAGAAUUGACCAAUGGUCUCGGCGUUGAUCAUACAGUUUGUUGUGUUGGAGCUACAGUGGCAAUGAAAGACGCUGUGGAUUCACUCGCGUUGAAAUGUACAUCAAGAGCUGCAUUGGUUGGUUUACCUGUUCCUGGCGCUGAACUUGCAAUCCCUAUAACUACAUUCCUUACCGGUGUCACCGUUACUGGUGGACUUUAUGGUGGUUUCAAACAUGAAGAUAUCGAUGGACUUGUGGGUCUAGCAGAAGAAAAUAAGAUUGACCUAGAUCAAUUUAUCACCUCGCAAAGGACAUUGGAUGAAAUCAAGGAAGCAUUCGAUGAACUUACAGCCUCUAAAGUCCUCAGAACUGUAAUAAUAAUGGAUCCCACGUACUCAUUUUGAUAGACCUCAGUAACUUACCAGAUAAAUCUAGAUAUGAAUAUGAAUGAUCUAGAAUGUUUAUUAAGAGGACUUUCCUCGAUUUAUUUUAUUCUACUUUUCCACAAAGCACAUUAACCGCUAGUUAUUGCGAAUGAUAUUUCUGGUUACUAGCAAUAAUUAUUUGCAUGGGUUGGUUAACAGCCCCAUAGUAAGAUAAGUGAAAUAAUUAAAUUCAAUUUUUGGUUAAAUCUUAUCAAUGAAGAAGAGAUCUAAUUUUUUAA